GGUUCAUCGCUUCAGAUAUGACAUCAAGACACUCCAGUACUCAGUUGUGGUUAAUUACACAUUACCAUGAAAUGGGAUCAUUAUAUGACUACCUGCAGCUCACUACUCUGGACACAGUUAGCUGUCUUCGAAUUGUGCUGUCUAUAGCUAGUGGUCUAGCACAUUUGCAUAUAGAGAUAUUUGGGACUCAAGGGAAGCCAGCUAUAUCCCACCGGGAUUUAAAGAGCAAAAAUAUCCUUGUUAAGAAGAAUGGACAAUGCUGUAUAGCAGAUUUGGGACUUGCAGUGAUCCACUCCCAGACCAACAAUCACCUAGAUGUUGGAAACAACCCCCGUGUGGGCACCAAGCGCUACAUGGCUCCUGAAGUUUUAGAUGAAACCAUCCAAGUGAACUGUUUUGACUCUUAUAAAAGAGUAGACAUUUGGGCCUUUGGAUUAGUCCUAUGGGAGGUAGCCAGGAGAAUGGUGAGCAAUGGUAGGUAUACUAUACAUGCAAAUGAAGAAAAUUUCAGUCCGUAAUUAUGAAU